CUUAUGUCAGCCAGCUAGACCCGUUUGACGCUGCGGCAUAUAAAGAACUCAAACAAUUCAGUGGAACAACUACAGCAACAUGAAUAAUUUUCCAGCUGCUUUCGCGGUUUUCCUGCUGCUCGGUCUGGCAUUGACAGAGGCUGCUGUGUACAUCGGAGGCGGAUGUUAUGACUGUAAUCCGCCCGGUGGUCAAGGACCAGGCAUAUACACGGGAAAUGGUGGAGGCGGCCGCGGCGGUGGUGGCGGUGGAGGCUACUAUAAUCAAGGAGGUGGUGGCGGCAGCGGACGUCCGGUUUACUCGGGAAACUUUGGACCAAACGGUUAUAAUGGCGGAGGAAGGAGUUAUAGCGGCGGGGGCAGAGGCGGUGGCGGUGGCUACGAUGAUGGAUUCACGCAAAUCAUAAGCGGUUAAAAGCAGCUUAGCUCUAUAAAUAAAAUUUUAAGACCAAAACAAAAAA